CAUUCAACAAUAGUAAUAAUAAUAAACGCUGGUUUUAGCAAAAAAAUUUCAUUCAAGAAGCCUUUAAAUACCGGAUACUUAAAUUAUAUUCAAGAAGUUUAUAUUUUGACGGCAACGUGUUGACAUCUAAAUAACGCGAUACACAGAGAGUAAAAAAUCGUUAGAGAGUGAGAAUUUCGAAAAAAUCAAAGUAUCUAUACAGUACUUUAUUAUUAAACUAAACAAAAAGAAAUUUAAUAAGUAGUCAAUAUGCCGCCACGUUCGACUACAGUUUCUAAUAACGAUGAGCACUUGGAGGCCACCGCCACCACUGAAUUGGGUGCCUCCAAACAGACUGGUGUACUUUUCGAAGCUGAUGCCGAUACCGUCGAUGGUGCUUUGGCCGUCGAUAUUACCCAAUUCAAGAAGGCCGAAAAGCGUAAAUUGAAAUUGGUUUGGCGCAACAUUAUUUUGUUUGGCUAUUUGCAUUUGGCUGCCUUGUAUGGUGGUUAUUUGUUCUUUGCCAAAGCCAAGUGGGCCACAGUAUUCUUCUCCAUCUUCUUGUAUUCCAUUGGUGUUUUGGGUAUUACUGCCGGAGCUCAUCGUUUGUGGGCCCAUCGUUCCUACAAAGCUAAAUGGCCUUUGCGUUUGAUUUUGAUUGUCUUCAAUACCGUUGCCUUCCAAGAUGCCGCCUACCAUUGGGCUCGUGAUCAUCGUGUCCAUCACAAGUUCUCUGAAACCGAUGCUGAUCCUCAUAAUGCCACCCGUGGUUUCUUCUUCUCACAUGUUGGCUGGUUGUUGUGCAAGAAACAUCCCGAUGUUGUUGCCAAGGGCAAGAGUCUUGAUUUAUCCGACUUGAGAGCCGAUCCCAUCCUAAUGUUCCAAAAGAAACAUUACAUGACUUUGAUGCCUUUGGCCUGUUUCAUUUUGCCCACCGUUAUUCCCAUGUAUUUAUGGAAUGAAUCAUUUUUAAACGCUUGGUUUGUAGCCACCAUGUUCCGUUGGUGCUUCUUGCUUAAUGUCACCUGGUGUGUAAACAGUGCUGCUCACAAAUUCGGUGGCCGUCCCUAUGACAAAAACAUUAACCCCUCUCAAAAUGCUGCCGUUGCUGCUUUCGCCUUCGGUGAGGGCUGGCACAACUACCAUCAUGUCUUCCCCUGGGAUUACAAGACCGCCGAAUGGGGCAACUACUCCAUGAACUUGACCACCGCUUUCAUUGAUUUCUUUGCCAAAAUCGGCUGGGCUUAUGAUUUGAAAUCCGUUGCUCCCGAAACCAUUGAAAAGCGUGUAAAACGUACCGGUGAUGGCACCCAUGAACUUUGGGGUUAUGGCGAUAAGGACAUUACCGCCGAAGACAAAGAAUCCAUCAUUACACUUAACAAAAAAACUGAAUAAUUUGUAAAUGUAAAACAAGAAGGGUUUUUGAAAACUUAAAUCCGGAAUAAUCAAUAAUAAAAUCAAUCUUAAAUUGCAUGCAAAACAAAUUUGUAAAACAAGAAAAACAAACUAAUUUUGAGGUCUUUGCAAAAAAAACUAUUAAAAUAUAAUUUUAAUUUUAAAAUAAUAUUGUAUUUAUUAAUAUUUAGUAUUUCUUUUAUUUAAUAAGGUGUAUUUUUAUAAAGAAAACAUAAAAAACCUCAAGAUUAAAUUAAACUGAGUAAGAAAAUGUGAUUUAUGUAGAUGUAAUAAACAAACAAAAAUUAUUUUAUAAACAAAA